UCCCAACUUUCCAAGUUGUUCUGUUUUCUCUAUUUUGAAGUAUUCUCACAGAUUAUGGCACAAUAUUGUAUUGGAAAGCACCACCACAAAGCCCCAGUGCCCACUUCCCUUCUCCUUUAAGCUCCCUGCUUCCAACUACUUUUUAGCCUCUUUUCUAUAUGCUUCUUGUCCUUUUUUAACUGGGCUAUUUAUUUAUUUAUUUUUCAAUGGAGAGGCGUCACUUUUCAAGACUCUCUUGGAGACGUAAGUAUAGUUCAACUAGUUAAAAUACAUACAGGUUGAGUUCAUGUUAAAUAACAUGCAGGUUGAGUUCAAACUUUUGAGCGUAUCCCGGAAGAUCUCAGGUCUUUGCCACGAGUGCUACGUGGCACAAUAUAUGCAUCUUUGUUAUUAUACAUUGUUUCAUUUUAUCUGCUUUUAAAGCCCUUAUUAUUCUUUCUUCUGCGUUCUGCCUAAUAGCAUCAUUAUCUGACACUCUUGUUUCUUUUAGCCCUUAACCUUAUUCCUUAGAACCUGAGGUUAUUGGUGCAUUCUUGGCUACUUCUUCUUGUAUUUUCAUUUUUUUGGGGAACGUUAACUUCACACUAAGUUUUGGAAUUCUUUUCAUUUAUGUUUUCUGAGCUUGAAAACAAGGUAUUCUAGUCUAACUUCGAAUAUUAAAUUAUCAGAAAAUGUUUUGUUCUGUUGCUGUCUGAAAACUUGGUGUUUGGUUAUUCUGAAAUUCUAGUACUGUUUUAUAACUCUGGUUCUUACUCAAAUACUAACCAACAAUUUGAGUGCAGUUUUGUAAGCUCAAAGCUUAUACUGUUAUUUCUGUUGAUUUUUUUUUCCCUUUCUUUUUGGGUUCUGUUGCUGCUUGCUGUUCUACUAUGUUCAAAUAUCAUGUGGUCCUUCUUCUGUUUCUUCUGAUAAGCAGUAGAAUGCUAUACUUUGUUGAUUAAUUUCGGUCGAACUCGUCGUCCUGGUCCCAUACAGAUUCAGUUCUCUGAUAUUUUGUAACAGAAAGCUUAACUUUGAGCUUCAUCUUUAUCAUGGUUUGGCUCCUUUUAUUACUCCUCUAUGUUCAAGGGAUUGCAGAAGGGGCCUCAAAACCUGAUGUAGUGAACGUUGGAGCUAUACUUUCACUAAGUUCCAUCACUGGGAAAGUGUCCAAGAUUGCCAUAGAGGCUGCUGAGAAAGAUGUGAAUUCUGAUCCAAGUGUUCUUGGUGGGAGAAAGCUGUCCAUAUCCAUACUUGAUUCAAAUAACAGUGGAUUUCUUGGAAUCACAGGAGCAAUAAAGUUCAUGGCCUCAGACACGGUCGCGAUCGUUGGUCCACAAGACGCUACAAUGGCACAUAUACUUUCACAUCUUUCAAAUGAACUCCAUGUUCCAUCACUGUCAUUUACAGCAUUGGACCCAACCCUUUCAACUUUGCAGUAUCCAUACUUCAUUCAAACGGCACCAAAUGAUCAAUUCCAAAUGACUGCAAUUGCAGACAUGAUUAGUUAUUACGGUUGGCACGACAUGGUCGUUGUUUUCACCGAUGACGAUCUAUGCCGAAACGGUAUGAUCACAUUAGGGGAUAAACUUGAAGAGAAAGGCUUGAAGAUUUCCUUAAAAGUGGCACUUCCCCCUCACCCAGCAGCAACUAGAACUCUAGUCCAAAAUGAACUGAUGAAGAUCAAAAUGAUGGAAUCUCGAGUAAUCGUAUUAUACACGUUUACGAAAACAGGUUUCGUGGUUUUUGAAGUGGCCCAAAGCCUUGGAAUGAUGGAAACUGGAUAUGUUUGGAUAGCUUCUACUUUGCUGUCAACAGUUAUAGAUACUCUUUCACCACUUCCUUCAGAAACUUUCAACUCCAUCCAAGGAGUCCUUACGCUUCGUCUGCACACGCCCGACUCGAAAAAGAAGCAGUCUUUUAUAUCUAGUUGGAACAAGCUGAGUAAUGGCUCAAUUGGGUUGAAUAUUUAUGGAUUAUAUGCUUAUGAUACUGUUUGGAUGAUUGCAAGAGGAGUAAAAGAGUUACUUGAUCAAAAUGGCACCAUCUCAUUCUCCAAAGAUACACAUAUUAGUAACGUCAAAGGAGAGAGCUUGGAUUUUAGUUCACUAGGCAUCUUUAAUGAAGGAAAGCAGCUGCUUUACAAUUUAUUGAAUAUCAGCAUGACUGGUCUAACAGGGCCUAUUCAAUUUGUAGAUAGAUCCCCUUUACAUCCUUCAUAUGAAAUCUUAAAUGUUGUGAAAUCUGGUAUGAAGAGAAUUGGAUACUGGUCAAGUUACUCCGGGUUAUCGGUCGUGCCACCUGAAACAUUGUAUGACAAGCCAGCCAACCGUUCUACGUCGACCCAAGAGCUAAGCAGCACGGUGUGGCCUGGGGGAUCGACGAUAAAGCCUCGUGGCUGGGUUAUUCCGCUCGAUGGAAGGCGGUUAAGAAUUGGUGUUCCGCGUAGAGUUAGUUAUCAGAACUUUGUGACUCCAGGAAAUGGUAAUGACACGGUCAAAGGAUACUGCAUUGAUGUGUUCAAUGCUGCCAUCAAAUUGCUUCCAUAUGCUGUAAAUUACGAGUUCAUUUUGUUUGGAGAUGGUGAGAAGAAUCCUAGUUACUUUGAGCUUGUAAAUAAAGUUGCAUUGAAAGAAUUUGAUGCUGCUGUUGGUGACAUUGCAAUUGUGACUACUCGGACAAAGAUCGUUGAUUUUACGCAGCCUUAUAUUGACUCGGGGCUAGUAGUUCUAGCCCCGGUCAAGAAAAUUAACUUCAGUCCUUUGGCAUUCCUUCGCCCGUUCUCCCCGAUGAUGUGGAUUGUCACAGCACUCUUUUUCCUCCUCAUAGGAUUAGUUGUGUGGAUUCUGGAACGUCGAAAAAACGACGAGUUUCGAGGACAUCCUAGGACACAAUUUGUCACAAUCCUCUGGUUUGGCUUCUCUACUAUGUUUUUUGCACAAAGAGAGAAUGUCGUGAGCACGCUCGGUCGUUUCGUGCUUCUCGUGUGGCUUUUCGUGGUUCUAAUAAUCAACUCGAGCUACACCGCUAGUCUGACGUCGAUAUUCACAGUACAACAGCUAGCCUCACCUAUCACAGGAAUUGAUUCAUUGAUAACUAGCAAUGAACCUAUAGGAUUCCAAGUUGGUUCAUUUGCUGAAAGUUACUUAAGUGAGCAACUUAACAUCCAAAAAUCUCGGCUCAUUGCCCUCAGAUCCCCGGAAGAGUAUGCUGCUGCCCUCGGGAACAGAACGGUUGUGGCUAUUGUCGAUGAACAGCCAUACAUCGAUCUCUUUCUCACCGAGUAUUGCGAUUUUUCGAUAAGAGGCCAACCGUUCACAAAAAGUGGAUGGGGAUUUGCAUUUCCCCGAGACUCUCCAUUGGCGGCCGACUUGUCGACUGCCAUACUCGCUCUCUCCGAGAACGGCAGUCUUCAGAAGAUUCACGACGAGUGGUUCUCCAGAAAGUCUUGCAGUUCUGGAGAUUCCGAUUUGGAACAACUUCACUUGCAAAGCUUCAUUGGAUUAUUCGUCAUUUGCGCCGCCGUAUGUAUACUCGCUCUCUUGUUUCACUUUUGCUUCACGAUGUGCCAAUUCAAUCGCCAUUUGAAACGAGGAGAUCAAGAUGAUGAUGCUUCAGCCGGUGGCGGUUGUCUGCGUCAAUUUUUGUCGUUUGCCGAUCAAAGGAAAGAUCUAAAGACGAGCAGUUCGAAGAGGAAACGCGAGAAUUCGUUCUCCAGCAAACGUGGAGAGGAUUAGGGUUUAGAAAUUUGAUUUCUGUGAAAUCGUGGCUUGAAGAUGCGCUGUUGUCGUAACAAUUCUUUUUUCUCUUGGUUGAAUGAGAAUCUCGUGUCUGUAUGACAAAAGGCAUUUUCUUUAUAUGUAAUUACACUUGAAAUAUGUCAAUUCAUAUAUUAUUACAUAAAUAUACACAUGAAUGUGCUAAUUUAAAGGAUCCA